UUAGGUAAAGGUCCUUAACCAAACAUCCAUAAACAAGGAAGGGAUCAAGCUAGCUAGCUAGCUUGCUACAUAGUAUACACAAGGCCAUGUGACAAUGGCACUGGCUCUGGCAGUACCCAUGAGCAAAGCUAGUAGAGUGAGGACUCCACUCAAAAAUGUCACAGCAUUUGUGAAGAGGGUUAGAAGCAUACUAAAAAAGAAGGAGUCUACUCUGGGCAUAAGCAUAUCUGAAGUAUACCUUGGAGGGUCCCUAGGGCAAGAGACAAGUCUGCCUGCACACUUUGAUGUUGAUCUAUGCAUCUAUUCACCAAGUCUGCAUCCGAGCACGAAAGAGGUAUCUGAGGAACAGUACAAAUUCAUACUGGGCAGAACAAUCAAGUGCCUAAGGCACUCCAUUACUGACAUAAAGAACAUUGAGAGGUUGUACCACGGCUGGCGUUUCGAGACCUCUAACCUGAACAUUGAUUUACAACUCAGUCCUCAAUGGAAGAAACAAAACUUGGAGGAUUUGUACGACUACCUCAAAGGAAUGCAUCCAAAGAGGAGGAAUUUGUUUUGCUGUGGACUGUUCAAGUAUCAGACAAUGCUAGUAAAAUCACAACCACAACAAGUAAAAACACUUAUAAAAAGAUUCAAGGCAUGGAGAAACAGAACAUGGGACAAGCAGAAAAAUGGCUGCCCUAAAUCCUACCUACUGUCUAUGCUCGUACUGAUAUCCUACGAACAUGCACCUGCUGAGUUAGCACAGGCAGAAUCACUAGAAGAACUGGCAAAAUGGAUGACCAAGGAUAUCAAGAAGCUGGUCGAGAGUAUUGCUAUAAAUCAAGACCUAGACAUUCACGUCCCUGGGGAGAACCCUGCACUGUUAAAAAUGUGGUGCUAUUGUAACACCCAAAAGUGGGGUAAAACCAUUGUACCAAAUAUGGCACUCAUAUAUGGAGUUAUUACAGCACCAGAUUUUAGUGUUAUUAAAACACUCAUUUUGGAGUUGUAACAGCAGAAAAUGUGCUGUACUUGCACUUUCUUGGAGUUACUGCAACUCCAAACUGUGUGUAACUUUUACAACUACACCUACAAGGUGUUAUUAAAGCACUGGGGAUGGGUGCUGCUGUUACUACAGGUACAGUUGUCAUUGCUACUCUUCAUGCAAAGCAUAAAAUAUUGCAUGCAUGCUUAUUGCACUUCUCGAUAAGCUCAUGCACUUGACUUAAAUGACGUAACAUAAUUAUAGCAUGUGUAUAAUGAUAUGCAUCACGAUAGCAUACAAUAAAAGUAUGAAGAUAUGUAUACCUAUAACCUCAUAAAGUGUUUAAUAACUACGACCACAAUACACUUAGGCAGUUCGGGACCUUAAAAAUAUAAAAAUAAAAGGGUGCCAUGCAGACAUGCACGUGGGUACUAAAAUGUCAAAAACAUAGUACAAGAGUUUCAUAGAAUGAAUCUACUUCAUACACUUCUUUCUCUACGAUGACGAAGUAGUUCAUUGAUCCAGAUUCAAUAGCACUUUUUCUACCUUGAACGAACGUUGCAUGUCAUCCACCUGCAUGUAUAUAUUAUGAUGGGAUAAGGAUGGGGCUCACAAAAACAGUAGGCAGUGAUAUAAGUGAGUAGGAGACAAUUAUUCAAAUAAGCCGAAAGCCUAACACUUUAACAACUGUUGUCACCUCUUCCAAAUAUCCAGUGUGCAUGCAUUACUGUGUAUAAUUAUAUAUGUAUGAUGACAGGGUUAUUCUCGUUAUAAUAGGCAUAUACCCCCCCACACAGGAUGAAUUCAAGGGCAACAGAAGAAUCUGUUCUCAAGUAUCAAGUAUUUGUAACUGUUUAUGCAUUACAUACGUGGAGCAGCAGCUUGACAAAUAUCAUUUGUACUGCAUCCUUCUUCUUACAGUAUUAUCUUCAGAACUGAAUAAAAAAAAUGUAUGUUUGAAGA